AUGACACAUCGCCAACAGAAUUCCUAUGCCGAGAGGCAAGUCCGGGAUAGAAUAAAACAAAGAACUAGGGAACAGGCCGAGGAAGACGAGAGCAAUCCAACCCCAAGACUGCUACAAGAUGUGCACGUUGGUGCCGAUGUCUACAGCCUUACCAAAUUUUAUCUGGACUAUUCCUAUCACUCUGGCUUCGCUAUGUUUGAAGUCUUUCCUAUGCUCGACACAGGUGGUUCUACAGGCUUCUGUCAGGAUGCUAUCAGAGCAGUCGCGUUAGCAAGUUCAUCGAGGCAGUUUUGCCAGCCACGUUUAAUGGUGGAAGCUAGAAGAUAUUAUGGCAAAGCCAUUGCAGGCGCUAAUGCCGCUUUUCAAGAUUCAGAAUUGUCAAAGGAUAGUUCUCUACUUGUAGGGCUAUUUCUCGCUGGCAUGUUUGAAACUAUUGUAACUACACAGUUCGCUACCAAGGUCAUAGAUUCAAAUGAUACUUGUCAUCCUCAUUCCAAGGGGGCAUUAGCACUACUAACUUUUCGAGCCGAACUGGGGCUUUGCACCAACCUUGAUAAAAGCCUCUUUGCUUUCAUCUCUCAUGUUACGCUGAUGGAAAUGUUCACACUCCAGGACCUCAGCACCCAGAUGUGGUCCAAACUUGAAGGUUUCGAAAGUUCAUGGACUGUCGGGGUCAUUCUCGACCAUGAAAUCCGAGAUGCAGUCGACUUCAGGCUUCAUCUGCACGCUAUUAUGAAUCCGUCUGGUAGCCAACCCGGCUUACAUGAACUCCUACAACUCAGUGAUUCUGGAAUCAGUAUUGCACAAAAUCUUGACGACGCAGCCGCCAGAACUAGCUUUUGGGACACAACUGAGCCUGUGCAACGCCGCGAACGGAAGGCCUUCAAUAGCCUUUUCAUACUCUCCACCGAGGUGACUGAGGCAAUUGCAGCAAGCUUUUACAGAAGCGUCAGCUUGAACAUACUUCAGGUCAUGUUGACGCUUCUUCGUAACAAAUUAGACCAGCUUGACCACUGUGAUGAUACACAAGCUACGAUUGCCCUCUACAAUGAACUGAUAUCGAAAACCCUCGACGGAAUUUACGAAGAUAUCCGCAUUGUACUUCCACUCAAUGGUGCACAUUCUGUACACCAGAAUCCAAAUCUACCAUAUCGAGGAUUCUGGAUGCUCUGGCCCAUGACUGCUGUUCUUACAUCACCAGCGGCGGAUCGAAUACGCAAAGUAUGGGUCAAAGACAAACUGCAGAAUAUUGGUGCGAUAUCUGGUCUUGGUUUAGCUACAACAGUUAGCAACUUACCCUUCUAA